UUUAAUAUAUUAGAACAUCAGUCGUGUGUUUAUCUGUGUAUCUGGGCAGCAAGUCGUGUUCGCCUCAGUUAUAGUGUGAAGCCUGGCAGCCUCCUGGUUCCCGGUUCGUUGCCCUGAUCAACAGGCACGGAGCUCCAAUUUAGAAUACAGUGUAAAAAUGGGCAAAAUAAAGUGAGUAACUUUGGACCAAGGAAUCGCCGGUUAAAAAAAAAAAAAAAUUCAUACAGUUUCUAUUAUGUUCACAUUUGGCGUCUUCUAGAUGCGAUGGCAGUGAUGUAUUGUAUGGGUUCAGCAGCGGGACCUUUAGACGGGGGGCUCCGCGAUGGUUCGCGAUCCGAAGGAGCUGCUGGCGAACAGACAGACGGCGGUGUAUAAUGAAGACCAUGCGGAACGAGCAGGUCCUGCCUAUAAAGGAUGAUAAAAACAUCUUCUCCAGAACAUACUUGCGCAGGACUGGCAGUGCUGACGGAAACACUAUCCUGCGACUUUCUUUCGAAAUAACGGAGAUCCUGCAGAAUGAGGUUCCUGUUCGUGGUGUUUCUGCUCGUCUUGAUAUGCCACAUAAGAGCAUCGCCUCGACUCUCACCAGAAGAAGAAUGCCGCGUGGAGUUGCUGGAAUUGCGACACACCGUAAGCAGUCUGGAGAACAAGCUGUUCAUCGGGGAGUGGCAGCUGAGGAACCUGCGGGAGCACAACCACUUCUACAGACCACACAAAGCCACCCCACCGCCUGGGCCUAACAUGACAGCUGACGUGGCAGGAGUGAUACCAACCUCACUGCCCCACGCUUCUGGGAACCUGAUCGUCUAUGACCGGGACUGUGCCGCCUUGUAUGACAGGAUCCAGCCUCUCAGCGGGUUCUACAGAAUCAAGCCGACAGCAGACUUGGAGCCGUUCCUGGUGUAUUGUGAUAUGUCCGAUGGAGGCGGAUGGACUGUGCUACAGCAGAGGCGCAGUGGGAAAGUGGAUUUUAACAGAAACUGGGAUGAAUAUAAAGAAGGAUUUGGAAAUUUUAAAAUGAAGACUGAUGAAUUCUGGCUCGGAAAUGAGCACAUGUACGCGCUUCUUAAGGGAGGUGAGAACCUGAUGAAGUUUGACUUAACAGACUGGAGUGGUGAAAAGACUCAUGCGCUAUAUGAAAACUUCAAAAUAGCAGAUGAGAAGGACAAGUAUCGUCUUCAGUUUGGUCUGUACAGUGGGCUGGCAGGCGAUGCCUUGUCUGGAGGGGGUCGCAUGGAGGACCAGUGGUCAAUUUCCCACAACAGUAUGCAAUUCAGCACCAGAGACCAGGACAAUGACCGCUUCUUGAAAGGCAGCUGCGCCAAGGAGAACAAGGGUGGAUGGUGGUUCAACAGAUGCCAUGCAGUCAACCUGAAUGGGAAGUACUACCGCAGCGGGGAAUACAAGGGCAAAUAUGACAAUGGUGUGGUGUGGCUCACCUGGCGGGGACUGUGGUACUCCCUUCAUCACACCACCAUGAAGGUCCGGCCCCUGCGUUUCAUGGACAGCCUGGGCAGUGGGGCUGGGGCUGGGGCUGGGGCUGGGGACUAGCCCAGCAGCAGAGCAUUUCCAUCAGACCAUCUGAACAACAUGACUGAAUCUAGCCACUCUGAUAACUACUCUGUAAAGCCUUUUGUGUGUUCUUUCUAACUACUGAACAGCAAACAUAUAAUUUAUCUCAGUUUUUUAGUCAUAUAAUCUCAUUAUAAUCUUGUUUUUUGUAAGGCUGGAUUUUAAGAGACAGCAGCUAUUUGUUAUGUUUUUGCAUUUUCUUCACAUAUAGAGGUAAAAAUGUAGUACAC